AUGACGCCUGGGGCGGUUUUAGUUUCCAACAGGAUCGAUGUGAAACUGCAGCACAGCUGGUCUCAGAUAUUCACUGGUGAGACAAUCACUCUCAGAUGUGAGAUUCAGGGAGGUGAAGGAAAGGUGUGGAAAUAUGAAUGGACAGCACCCAACACAAACAGCCCUCCAACAUCCAGUGAAUACAGGAUCAGCAGAGUUUCAGUGUCCCACAGUGGAGACUACAGAUGUCGGGGUAGCAGUGACUAUCUCUUAACAGGAUGGAGUGAUGCCUUCAGACUGACAGUUUCAUCAAGUAAACCCAGAGCCACACUGACAGCACAAAGUUCAGUCCUACCAGCAGGGGGCAGUGUGACACUGAGCUGCUCUGUGGAGGGCUCUGCUGGAUGGAAGUUUGACUGGUUCAGACAUAAUUCAGAGUUUUCUGUAGCUCAGAAAAUAGAAGCGGGAACAUCAGAGCACACUAUCAGUAUUUCAGAAGGAGGCAUCUAUUACUGCAGAGGAGGGAGAGGAGAUCCAGUUUACUCCACAGAGGAAAUCAGUGAUGUCACAGUUAAAGAAGCUAGUUUUGGAUGUGAAAGAAGUUCAUUUAUCGUUCCGUUCAUCAUCGGACUUGUUAGUGGAAUUAUUGUCGUGCUGCUGCUGAUGUGUUGCUACAGAAAAAUAAAGAAACCCUGUUGUAACAGUCUCACUCAGUCUCAGAGCACCAAUCAAAGCUCUGCUUCACAACAAACAGCCAACCAGGAUCAAACUCAGGUUUACUCCUCUCUUCUUCAUGGUGAUCUUUCAGUCUAUGAAUCAAUCAGAGGCUCUGGAAACACUGGAAGUGCAGAUGAAUACAACAACGUCACAUCUGGAUUUCAGCUUGAAGGUCUUGAUAAGAGGAGCAGACAUGAUGGCACAGAGGAGAGCUCUGACUACAAUAAUGUGAAUCCUGAAUCAGCCUCAGGUCCAUAAAAAGAUUAUUUCAACAAAACUCAAGACUCACGAACAACGUCAGCAACAAAAUCCAACUCAGAACAUUUUGACAACGUUUAGAGAACUGCCAGCAUCCAGAUCAACAGCAGUUAUAUUAAACAAUGACAUGCUCUUGGUUUAAUGUCAGAAGACUGAUAAUAUGGUUCAUCUUUGUAUUAAAAUCUUAUUGUGUUUAUUUCUGUUGUAAUAAGUGGAGGUUGGAUGGUGUCGGACAUUGUUUCCAUCAAGACACAAUUUCAUGAUUUGGUUCUGUGAGUUUGUUUCAGUCUCUUAUUUAAAAAAAUCUCUUUAAGAUGUUCAUAAUACAUAAUUCUCAUGUUAAUUACAUUAUUUUUCGCCAAAUCGUGACGCACAAAAACUGUAUAAUCAAUGUUCAGAUUUUACAGUGUGAUUCAUGUCAUCACUGAGGCCAUGAAAGAGAAAAAAUUGUGUUUGAUCAAAAUGAUUGUUUUCUGUAGGUGAUGUUUGUGUCUUUUAUGCUGUGUACAGUUUGAUGUGUGUAAAAUAAUUGUGGUGCUUUAAAAAAUAAUCAAAAUAAUAUCACAACAACACUUCUUUGUUCCUCUGAGUGACCUGUGAUGCUUAUAUGUGUAUAAAGAUGUUGUUUCUGCUAUA